CAUGGAAACUGUGCAAAGACUCGGCCAUGGAAUUCAUCGAGGCUUAUGUCAGUGGCACAGAAAAGGACAAGGAGGAGCAGAAGAUGCUGUUCCUCAGCAAAAUCUGCGCUCUGUGCAGAACUGUUACAGAGAAGGGCUUGUCGCUGGACUUGCAUGCCUUCUGCUGCAAAAAUAAGCUGGUGGAGAACAUCAUGGCGCUGCUGGAAAAGGAGCCCAUGGACAGCUUGCACACAGAAUUUCGGCAGAAGGCCAUGGAGACUCUCACCGUCCUCAGCAACACCGUGCCGAGAGCACUGCAUGGCAAAAAGGAGAGUCUCCGGAAUGCGUGCUACAGGAGCGUGUUCUUUCUGCCUCCGGAGUCCAAUGUGCCAGAGACAGAAAGAGCACUCUACACCAAGACUAUGAAUGCCAUGGACCCCAUGCUGGCGGCCUUCGUACGCAACUGUCCCCCCGCCAGCGUCAGCACAGAGUUGCAGAAUAUCUUGGAGGUGCUGCUGGACUUUGCUGGCUCCAAAAACUCAGCUGUGCGUGAGAGAGCUGUGACGAGGAUUGAGAGGCUGAGUGAUUUCAUCCUCUCGUAUUUUGUGGCCAAGAUCUCAGACUACAAUGAAAAAUACAAGGACAGCCACGAUGAUCCCAGAGAGCUCUACAUCCCCAUCCUGGGCCAGCUGCUGGGACACCUCUUCAUUGUCAGCUGUGGCACAGAUUCCAUCAGUUGCACAGCUUUGGAUGCUCUUUUUCGCUUCUACGAAAUCAUCUCAGAUGGAAGAGAAUGCUCACUGACAAAGGACAUGGAAAAUUAUGCAGAGAGACGAAAGAAGUUGAAGGAUACAGCAUUUCCAUUCACUGUAAUGUCCGCUCCCUGUGAUAUUGCCAAGGUUUUUGGAGGAUACCUCUUCCCUUCUGAGAGGCUGGACGUCAUCCUCACAGCCCUUGAAGCUUUACAAGACUCCAGCAUCCAUGACAAGCAGGGGGCCUGCAGCGUGCUGGAAGCAGCCUUGGAGGACCCUGACUACUGGCUGACAGAUGUGCCAAUAAUCAUGGAAUGCAUCAGGAAAAACCUGGACAGCAUCCACACGGCAUCAGCGCGGCGCUGCCUGGACUCCCUGCUUCUCCAACUGACCAACCAGAUGUCCAGGGAAGAAGUCAAGAACCUGCUGCAGUUCUCUCCGCCAAGUGACAGCACUGCCCUGGGCAUGUGGGAGGUGGUCCUGGCCAUGCCGCAGACCUUGGAGAAGGUUUUAAACAUGCUGAUGGAAGACUUGCCACUGUGCAACUGGUGCACGGCAGUGACAGAAGACACCUGCAUCCGUCGCUUGGCUAUGCUGGCCCAGAAUCACAUUUCUGAAGAGGAGUUUGGUAACCCAGUGCACCUCCUGAGUUACCUGAAGCACCCAAGCCCAGCGAUGCGCUUGAUGGUUCUCAAAGGGCUCUCCACCGUGUCAGAGAGCCCUGAGAAGGCAAGAAAAAUUCAGGUCGUGCUGCCAGACAUCCUGGAGGCCCUGCAGGACACCAACACAGACGUCGUGCUGAAGGCCCUGCUUGUGCUCAGCAAUGUGAUGGCUCAUGUGGAGAGGAGAGGGGCCAGUCGCACGGCUCUGCAGCUGGCUGAGAAGCUCCUGCCACUCUUUGCCCAUGAGUCCAGCCAGGUGCGCGAGCACUCCAUCUGCCUCUUCCAAGCCGUGACGGAGGCUGUGCUGCGGCACAGGCAGAAGGAAAUGAAGAGGACAGUGCACAGCAGCCUUCUCCCGCUCUACUUUCGGAUGAGAGACCAGAGUGAGAGCGUAGCAAAGGCCUCUGGGGAAGCUCUCGUCGUCGCUGCAGAGUUUCUGCAACGCAAAGAACUCAAGCACUUGGCCCAGACAGAACAGACGUGGAAGAUCGGGGAGUGCUUGCUGCAGCAGGGCAGAGACAGAGUAGACGAAUACCUGCAGCAGAGCCAGCCCUACCUGCAGGACUCUCAGACCGUCUUGCGACUUGAGGCCGUCAGGUUCAUUGGGCUUGCUGCGCGCUACUCCAAGGACCAGAGCGAGGAGAAGCUGAAUGAAAUCGUCAGCGUCCUCCGGUCUUCAGGGAAUGACCCAGAACCCAUGGUCAGUUGCCUGGCAGUUCAGACCAUCAUGAUCCUGGCGUCAAGGCGUAACAGAACGUCAGGACGGAGAUUUCGACUGCUGUGGUGCUGCUAGCCAUGCAGCACUCCUCAAAUCAUCAAUAUAUAUCU